UGUUUCUGAAGGGAAUAUCAUUCCGCUUUGUUAUUGAAUUGUUUCUUCAUUGUUUUCACCGGUUUUACUUAAGUCGGCUGUGAUUUAGGCUUAUUUAUUUGAUUUUGGUGAAAUCUAUAGCUUUUUUUCAAUCUAAUUGAUUAUCCAGCAUGUUGAAACUAUUGCUGCCCCUGCAGCGGUGCAGUCUGGCAUUUUUAACAGGCCACACUGCUUUCCGUACUACUACAACACAACAACGCCCAAUAACGCGGGUUGUUCGGUUUCUCUCAAGCAACAGCGGAAACAACAUUCAAGAUAGAGAAGACGACCUUCCAAUAUCGGUCGUGUCCGUCAAUGAUCCAUUCGGUGUGAGUAGCGGUACCGCUCUAUGGAAAAGGGAAGAACUACUGAGUCGAAUCAAUGAAUUAAUCAGUUGCAAUCGCACUGAACUGCUGCGUAUUUACAAACUAAAUCGUCGCAUACUGCGAGCGGUACCACCGAAGAUGAUUACCGACAACAUUCAACUAUUGCUCAAUCGUGGCGUCGCCGAUCGAAUGAUAGUGCGUUAUUCAAAGAUUCUGUCGCUUUAUCCAGAUGAACUUACCGCAAAACUAGAUGCACUCAGCCAAUUCAAAAGCCUCAAAGAUAUCAAUCACGUGGCAGCAUUUUUGAAAAUCAAACAAAGUGUUUUACAAAAGGUUGUGGAUAUUUCUCUGAGUGAGAGCGUGGAACACGGAAAUCGCUUAUACUAUCUCCACGCUAAGACGGGGGUAGACGUAGAAACCAUCGCACACUAUCUGUCCUCCAGUAUUCGGGUGUACAAAUUGGCGCUUAGCAAAUUUCAAACCAAUCUAGCCUACUGCCUGGAACAUCUGGAGCCAGCCGAUGUAAUCCGGCACCUGUCGAUCCUAGCCUAUGCCAGUUCUUCGAUCGCUGAACGGCUGCAGAUGUUGAAGUCUUUUUCUCUGCAAAAGGUCAAGCCAUGGAUGAUUCGUGUUCCAAAUUUGGCACUGGAAAAAACCUUCGACGAGGUACUGGACAAGGGGAACGAACCUGCAUUCAAAAAUCCUCUGUCGGAAGUAUGGUUCGAAAAUCACGUCAAAAGCAAACUUAUGACCAUGUUGAACUGCAGCCAAGAAGAAGCAAUAAAGCUUUACGAUGAUAGAAAAGGAUCCAUGUUCUCUUUCGACAAUAUCGAAAUACUGUUAGAAAAGGGUGUUAGCAGAGAAACAAUUUUAAAGAACUCUUUUGUGUUAUCAGUUAAAAAGCAAGAAUUGAUUUCCAAGUUAAAGAGCCUAGCGACGCUGAGAGGACUACGGGAUAUUAAUGACGUCAUUCCGUUGUGUGCACUUAAGCACGUACAAAUUUUGAAAAUUGUCCACAAAAUUGAAAAUGAGCGAUUUCCAAACAAUACCAAUCGUAUCUACUAUUUCGCGGACCACACAGGAAUUCCAGCAUCAGAUGUAGCCCAACAGUUCGCACGACGUACCUUCAUGUUCCGAGUACCGAAGGAAAGCUUAAUAGAAAAUCUGGAACUAUUUACAACACACAUGAAUAGCGAAGACGUGCUUGCCGAUUUAUGGGCUUUCAAAUACUCGCCAGCAGUCGUAGCCGAUAGAAUUUCUCGCGCCAAAGAAGUCCGAGGUAAGAAACUAAUGCCGUGGAUGGUUCGCUGCCCAGAUAUAAUCCUGGAGAAGUCUCUGCAACUAACUAAGGAAAAUCGAGCGCUGCUCGGCGAGAACGGAACGAUUCUGGAAUACCUCGGAAAACGGUUAGGACUGAGUGACGAAGUGACAAAGUCCAUAAUUAUAAAGGCACCAUCGGUGCAGAAUGUUCGCAUGACUAAAGUUAAAAUGAUUAUCGACUAUUUGCUAAACGAACUAAACUAUUCUUCGCACGAUAUUGCGUUGAAUCCGCGAAUUUUGAUGCACAGUUUAGAGACCACAAAAAAGAGAAUGGAUCAACUACGAGAGCUUGGCUGCCGGCCUCGAUCGCUGAUUGUUGUUUGUAAGAGCCAGCGACAGUACAACAAAUUUGUGAAAGAUUGGCUAGCGUUGAAAGGACAGCGGCAGCAAAGUGCUGAAGCCAACUGAAGGCAACGCACGAUUGGCGUUGUAAUAUUCUAUAAUAGUAUUGAAAAAACA